UUUCUUGGUGAUUUCACUUUUUUUUUCUUUUAGAGACAGGGUAUGUUGCCCCGGUUGGUAUCCAACUCCUGUCCUCAAGCGAUCUUCCUGCCUCAGCCUUCCAAAGUUGAUUUCAUUUUGCCUUCCAGUAUUGUUUUACUGUUGUUCCCUUUGAAAACUUCUAACUUAUCUUUUCUGAACUUCAGCUGAGAAGGGAAGGGAUUUUGCCCCUGCUGGGCAAAAGGAUGGUGGCAAGUAGUUUGACCAAGUGCCUUGAUUUGCCGGGACUUAGGGGUUUCCCAAGUCAAGGGACUUUCAGUCCUGGGCAGACUGGAAUGGUUGAUCACCCUAGUGGUGAGAAAGAUGAAGGUUUGGAGGUGGCUUGGAGGAGAGGUUGCUGGGAGGGCACUUCUCCUGUUCUCUGUGGAUCAGGGGUUUCCCUUAACAGCCUGAUGGCUUUGUAUGGUGGUUACAUUACAAUUCCUGAGCCCCUUAUUGGGGGUAUAGGGAGGAGAAGUGAGGGCAGCCUUUAAACUAGUCAUCGGCCCCAGUUGACACAAUUGUUGCCGGGAAAGAAGCUGAAAUGCUUGACUAGCACUGAUGCUGUGGGGGAUUUUCCCUAUCUUCAAAAAAACAGAAAAGACCCAGUGGAAAAAAAAAAAAAGUGAUGAGUUGUGAGGCAGGUUGCAGGCCCUAGCCGCCCCAGGAGACGAUGCGCAGCUCAUUUGCUUAAAUUUGCAGCUGACGGCUGCCACCUCUCUAGAGGCACCUGGUGGGGAGCCUCUCGACAUCAGACAGUGACCAGUCUGGUGAUUCACGGCCGGCGCAGCCAUGAACUACCCACUGAUGCUGGAAAUGGACCUCGAGAAACUGGAGGGCCUGUUGUGGGAAUUGGACAAAUUUAACAACUAUAACGACACCUCCCCGGUGGAAAAUCACCUCUGCCCCAUCGAGGAGGGGCCCCUCAUGACCUCCUUCAAGGCCGUGUUCGUGCCUGUGGCCUACAGCCUCAUCUUCCUCCUGGGCAUGAUUGGCAACGUCCUGGUGCUGGUGAUCCUGGAGCGGCACCGGCAGACACGCAGCUCCACCGAGACCUUCCUGUUCCACCUGGCUGUGGCCGACCUCCUGCUGGUCUUCAUCUUGCCCUUUGCUGUGGCUGAGGGCUCUGUGGGCUGGGUCCUGGGGACCUUCCUCUGCAAAACUGUGAUUGCCCUGCACAAGAUCAACUUCUACUGCAGCAGCCUGCUCUUGGCCUGCAUCGCCGUGGACCGCUACCUGGCCAUUGUCCACGCUGUCCACGCCUACCGCCACCGCCGCCUCCUCUCCAUCCACAUCACCUGUGCCACCAUCUGGCUGACAGCCUUCCUCCUUGCUUUCCCAGAGAUCCUCUUCGCCAAAGUCAGCCAGCCCUAUCACAACAACUCCCUGCCACACUGCACCUUCUCCCAAGAGAACCAAGCAGAAACGCAUGCCUGGUUCACCUCCCGCUUCCUCUACCACGUGGCAGGAUUCUUACUGCCGAUGCUGGUGAUGGGCUGGUGCUACGUGGGGGUGGUGCACAGGUUGCGCCAGGCCCAGCGGCGCCCUCAGCGGCAGAAGGCAGUCAGGGUGGCCAUCCUGGUGACGAGCAUCUUCUUCCUCUGCUGGUCACCCUACCAUAUUGUCAUCUUCCUGGACACCCUGGCGAGGCUGAAGGCCGUGGACAACAGCUGCGAGCUGAACGGCUCUCUCCCUGCGGCCAUCACCAUGUGCGAGUUCCUGGGCCUGGCCCACUGCUGCCUCAACCCCAUGCUCUACACUUUCGCUGGCGUGAAGUUCCGCAGUGACCUGUCACGGCUCCUAACCAAGCUGGGCUGUACCGGCCCUGCCUCCCUGUGCCAGCUCUUCCCUAGCUGGCGUAGGAGCAGUCUCUCUGAGUCAGAGAAUGCCACCUCCCUCACCACUUUCUAGGUCCCAGUGUCCCCCUUUAUUGCUGCUUUUCCUUGGGGCAUGCAGUGAUGCUGGAUGCUCCUUCCAGCAGGAGCUGGGAUCCUAAGAGCUCACUGUGGCUCACCUAGGAGUGUCCUCAGCUGGGGUAACUAGAGGAACCAACCCCCAUUUCUAGGACAUCCCUGCCAGCUCUUCUGCCAGCCCUGGGGCUAGGCUGGAGCCCAGGGAGCAGAAAGCAGCCCAAAGGCACAGUGAAGGCUGUCUCUACCCAUCUGUGCCCCCUCGGGCUGAGAGAACCUCACACACCUUCUCCCAUCCUAAUCAUCCAAAGCUCAAGAAACAACUUCUACUUCUGCCCUUGCCAAGGAACAGCGCUGGUCCCUCCCAGAACACACUCCAUCGGCUUAGGGGCUGCUGACCUCCACUGCUUCCCCUCUCUCCUCCUACCCACCUGCCAAACAAAGCCAGGAGAAGCUGAGCACCAGGGGAUGAGUGGAGGUUCAAACUGAGGACAGGCCAGCUGGCAGCAGAGUGUGGCCUUCAGACAUUUCAGUCCCUAAAAACACACAUAACGCAGACAUUCUGCCAGGCCCCCAAGCCUGAAGCCAUCUUGACCAAGCAGGAAGCUCAGACUGGUUGCAUUCAGGUAGCUGCCCCCGGCUCUGACAGAAACAGCACUGGGUCCACCCUGGGUCACUGGGUCCUGGAUGGUCUGCAGGCAGAGCUGACUCUAGGUGCCCUUGGAGGCCAGCGGUGACCUGAGGAAGCUCAAAGGCCGAGCAGCAAGAGAUAAGCCCAACAGAGGGAAGAAACGAGCCUUCUUCCCCAACCCCAAGAAGGGACAUGGAUCAAUCAAAUCCGGCGGUCCCCUCCACCAGGGGACACAGAGUGGGGUGGAGAGCUCCUGUGGUGGCCGGGUCCAGGGAUGGGGGAUUGUGGGCACUGAUGGUGAAGGAGGCUGCCUUGUCCCCUCCCCACUCCCUUCUCACAAGCUACAGGCCCGAGGAACUCAGAGUGUGAAUGGAGAAAGGCUGCCUGGAAGGGGCCUGUGGGAGUCAUCUCAGCCAGCCCCUCUGUGGCAUCACCCUAGGCAGGGAAGUAUAACAGACUGGGGCAGGGAAGUCCCCAGGCCCCAGGAAGCCGGGCCCUGCCCCGGUGAGGAUGUCACUCAGAUGGAACCGCAGGAAGCUGCUCUGUGCUUGUUUGCUCACCUGGGGUGUGGGAGGCCUGACUAACCGGUAGUUCUGGGUGCUCCCUCCUGCCUCCCCAGCCUCGGAUCGGGUGGAGUCAGGGAUCCCUGAACUUGUCCCACUCAAGCCCAGCAGCCAAGCUCCUUGGGAGGCCCCACUGGGGAAAUCAAACCUGGCCCGGGGAGAGUGUCUUCACCGCAGAACAAGGAGGAAGCCCCGGGACGCCCCUUUUUUUCAGAGUAUCUCCUAGCAAGCUGAGCAAUCAAUGGAGGAGUCUGAAGCAGAGGCAAAGAGGCAAGAGGCUGGAUUUUGAAUUUUCUUUUUAAUAAAAAGGCACCUAUAAAACAGGUCAAUACAGUACAGGCAGCACAGAGACCCCCGGAACAAGCCUAAAAAUUGUUUCAAAAUAAAAACCAAGAAGAUGUCUUCACAUAUUGUA